AUGUCGUCCCCAUGGAAGAAGCAGCCCGAGGAUGUCGUCGACAGUGUCCUCAAGCGGGCCCAGGUCAGCAAGAUUGCACGCCGGCUGCAGAAUCGCCUCGCUCUCGCACAGUUCAAAACCAAGCACGGGUGGGAAGACCUUACGCUCGACUCCAUCGAACCGAAACUCGAGGAGGAGAUGAGACGGAAGCGCCUGUGCGAUGGCGACGUCCUCUCCGACUCGUCUUCGAGUGCAUCCGACCUGCCCUAUCCCACGAGGACCCUGAUGAGCUCGCCUCUCAAGGCAACAAUUUUUUCCGACGCCGUUGGGUCCAGCAACGGCAGUUCCGGUCACCGCAAGCGCACCUACUUUGCCUCGUUUGAAAACUCGUCGUCGAGCCCCAGCAAGCGCUUCCGCGCAUCACCGACCGCACACAAGUCCCACUCGGGGCACUCGGCAUGGAAGGACAGCCACCAGCUCGCACAGUCGUCGCCCAUCAAGCCUCGCCGACUACCCCACUUUACAACGUCUGGCGGACCCGACAUUUCCUUCUUCAAGCAACGGCGGAUGACCAACGGCCUCAAGUCGCCCAACUUUGCUGCUCCCUCCGAUGACGAAGACGACGACGACGCCCCGACGCACUCGUUUAGCGCCGCCAACCUGCGCUCUUCUCCACCCCGCACGCCGCCCAUGCAGACUCGGAGUCUUGGCAGCAAGCGAAACAGAGAAAACCUGGCGUCGGCCAACGGGGGCAAAUCUGGCGAGGAGGGCGCAGACCUGCUGCUCUACCUGGCCGCCUCGCCUUCGCCGGCGGUCAAGUCCAACCGAGGCAGAAUGGAGCGUCUAACGACGCCCCCUCCCAAAAAUGGCAAACUCGAUCUGCCUUCAUCGAUGAUGACAACCCCCGGCGGAGGCAACCUGUUCCCUAAUACUCCCGGACAGGGCUUCGACUUUGCCGACUUUGUCAACAUCACGCCGAGUCCAGCCCAGAAGCAGUGGAGGACGCCCGGGCCGGGCCGAACACCCCUCAGCGUGGCUAGGAGACGACUGACGUUUGAGGAGCCUCUGGCUUAG